UUCGCAGCAUUUAAAAUUUUGCGUCUCGACUUAUAUAUUAUCUAUAUACUAUUAUGAUUGAAUAUUGGACUAAUACACAGUUGGAACUUUUUAGAUGUUUAUUUGUUUGAAAAAUGAAGAAAAAUAAUUCCAUGUUCACCUUGACCUCAGAGAAUGUUUGCGAAAUGCAGAAAGAAGUUUGUUGAUCAUACCUUGAUUAUAUUCGAGAUCAAUCUCGUGUUGUGAGAGAAGCAUUGCUAGGCUUGACAUCUAUGAUCAUCUAUCAGAAAUGGCAAGCAAAUGUGUGUGCAAUGAGAUCAAAAACAUUCUAAAUUUGAUUGAUAUCCUUAAAAUAAUGGCUGAACCAGUUAUUAACGACAGGAGACAAGAAAAAUAUUGCGAAUACAUAUCCCUGUUUUUGUCUCAUUUUGGACAAGAACGAUGUAUGGUAGUUGGAAGUACUAAGGAAAAGACCAGAUUGAGGCUACAAGAAAAUGAAGGAGAUUUUGAUUAUUUAAUAAUUUCUGGAAUAUCUAUUCCAAUUGAAUGCUUAGAAUAUAGAAAAAACUUACCAUGUUUUGUAUAUAUUAAUGGAAGUACGCUGAAAAACCUGUUUCCAGGAGUUGAGCUGAUCGACGGCAAAUAUUUGCCAAGUGAUUUACUUAGUGAAAUGAAACCUGAAGCUUUCAAACAUAGUAGAAAUAUUCAUAAAAUAGUAACUCAGAUGGAUUCAACACGUGGUCGAAGCACACUGCAUGUUUCUUUAGAUCAUAAAAUUAAACCGGGACUGUCAUUGGUUGAUUAUGCAGAUCCUAAAUGUGCAGAACUAAGCAUGGCAAAACACAAACAGAAGAAAGACAUCAGACUUAUUAAACACAAUGUCGAGAAAAAUCUCCAAGGAGAUUCAAGUGAAAAUGAAAAAAAGAUACGUAAUGCAGGUAAAGCAAUCAACAGUCUUGUGCAGGGGUGGGAGGAAUUAAAUCCCCCACGUGAGGAAUCAAAAACAUCUCCAGAAGACAAGCAGCCUAUUUUCCAUCAAGCAUUCGAUCCACUCAUUGAAGCACUUAGAAACACCGAAGACAUAUUGCAACAAACAUCUUCCCCAAAUUCAAAGAAACCUAGCGAUGUUUGUUCAACGUCUAGUGAUGUGACAUCGACCUCCGGUUUUUCGGGUAGAUUAAAUAAUGAGAGUCGUAUGAUAGAAGAAGUUCGAGCGAAUGAUAAAGACGAUCAAGUCACUAUUCAGUACAAAUAUAAAACAAGCAAAGAUUUCAUUCCCGUCUUUCCUCUAAACGGAAAACCUAAGUAUUUAGAUGAGUGGCAAAACCGAAAAAGAAAAUGGCCGCCGACAAACGUCGUUACAGAUAUAUAUAAUAACAGUGAGUUUUUCGUCGUUGCUAAACCUGCUCUUGAUGAACCAUCAAACGAUAUUGACUUUUGUCUUGCAUGCAAUAUAGGAGAAAUCAAGCUAGCUGAAGCCAUGACUCAACUUCAAAAGAAUGUCAUCCUUAUCAUAAAAGCCUUACAGAAAAGUUCAUUGCGAGAUUAUACUGAAAUAGUGACAACAUUUCAUUGGAAAACUGUUGUAUACUGGGUGUCUGAGAACACUGAAACUCAAAUACUUGAAAACAGAACGGAAGACAAUAUUCAUGAAUUCCUUCAAAACGUUCUGAAAUAUAUGGUCAAUUGCUUGUGUAAAAAUGAUUUGCAACAUUAUUUUGUUCCUAGCAAUCUCUUUGUCGGUAUGCAUGAAAUUAAAAUACACGAUAUAGUACUAAAGAUUGUUGAAAUUCAAGAAAACCUCAUGGAGAAUUUACAGAAUUUCGACAAAGGACAAAGCACUGUUAAAGUUCACUAUGACUUUGUUUCUAGAAGCAAGAUCAAAGAAUUUCAAGAAAUGCAUUCCGAUCCAGGUGAUAACGUCAUAGUCGAAUCUGUCGUUACACUCCUCAGAGGAUUUGUGGUUGAAAAUAAAGAAGUUGUGAAGAAAGCUUUAAAGGAGGUUUUAACAGAAGCCGUUCCAUUUUUGAUUGAAGAGAAUACCAGGAAACGUGAUCCUAACAAAAUUGAUGUUAACUCGCAAAUUAUUCAAGCCCUUUCAGGAAAAGAUAGUUUACGAAACAGUUUGAUUGAUAGUGCUGUAUCCUGGUUACUUGGCGAAAUGCAUAGUGAUGGCGCACCAAAAGUGGAAGAUUGCACUCGGAACAUGUUUGCAGUUGUGUUGCAGAAUUUUUUAACUGGAAAUUUGUUUUAA